AGGUUGGACAGUUCAUGCAGAGGUCUUGUUGAGGGAAUACAUCAUUUAUUGUACAUGCUUGCUUGCUGCCGGUAAAUGAUAAGUCAGAAUUCAAAUUUCGGAUUUAUAUAGUUUGUUUUUUUGUAUUGAUUGUAAAAGAUUAGAGCAUGGCGGAGGAUAAGAAAGGGGACGAUAAGGACCCACAAAGCGACAAUGAAUCUCAUGGCGAACAUUCGUCUCAUAUUGCGGAACCCGAAGAUGAUGAGGACUUAAGUGAUACUGAUCAUCACCUAAAGUCGAAGUCAAGUGAAACCAUAGAAGGAAAUUAUAACACGGAUACUUUACCAAAGAAAGGAACAGGACGUAAGAACCAAAAAUCUUCACCCAAAAAGGCAGCGCCAGCCAAGUCAUCUGGCAAAAUGACCAAAGCUAAGGUGCUGCUCCUUGAUGGGUCCGAGGCUGAUGUAGAUGUUGACAAAGCUGCCAAAGGACAAGACCUCCUAGAUAAAGUAUGCGAGAAGCUCGACCUUGUAGAGAAGGAUUAUUUCGGUCUCUUGUACAGAGAAACAGCAGAUAUUUGGAUGUGGUUAACAGCAGACAAAAAGAUAGCUAAACAAAUAAAGAGUGCUAACAACUGGGUGUUUGAGUUUAGGGUGAAAUUCUAUCCACCCAACCCUAUGGUGCUACAAGAAGAUCUGACAAGGUAUCAUCUUUGCCAACAAUUGCGAAAUGAUAUCUUGGCCGACCGUUUACCUUGUUCUUUUGUUACACAUGCCAUCUUGGGAUCAUAUACAGUCCAAUCAGAACUGGGCGAUAACGAAUCUGGUUCGAGUACCGACUACCUUAAAGACUACUACUUUGCCCCUAACCAGACGCCUGAAUUAUUAGAAAAGAUUGUGGAACUUCAUAGAACACACAGGGGCCAAACACCAGCUGAUGCCGAUCUUCAUUUCUUAGACAAUGCAAAGAAGUUGGCCAUGUAUGGAGUUGACCUCCACAAAUGUGUACUCGAAGUUGUUCCAAAUUCCCUCAAGCAGUCAGUUGAGAAAACCGACUCAGAGAAACUGGAGAUUUUGGUCGGUGUGUGCUGCACAGGGCUUCUUAUUUACCGUGACAAGUUAAGGAUCAACCGCUUCUCGUGGCCCAAGAUCCUUAAAAUUUCGUACAAGAGAGAUAAUUUUUAUAUCAAGAUAAGACCAGGAGAGUUUGAGCCAUGCGAGUGCACGAUAGCCUUCAAGUGCCCGAACCACAAGAUGGCCAAGCGGCUGUGGAAGACGGCUGUCGAGCACCACACAUUCUUCAGAUUGAAAGAACCAGAACCAGCCACCAAGGCUACACUCUUCCCCAAAUUUGGCUCCCGAUUCCACUACUCUGGUCGCACACAAUUCCAGGCCUCCGCACUGAUCGAUCGUCCAGCGCCCGCCUUCGAUCGCAAACCAAGUAAGAGGAAAUGCCAAACCAUGGACGGAGACGCCCCUUUCUAUCCAAAUGCGGACGCUCCCACCCUUCGACGUGGCUACCAGUCUUUGGGAAGAAAUUUUGCAUAUCCAGGUGCCCGUGACCAGUACGAUAAGGUCAACCAGAAUGAAGGACGCGAUGGCAUCCCGCUGACCAACCUGCGGCGGCCGGGCAGCACCGGUGACGUCCCCUAUGGUGACGAUAGGAACCGCCACCUGGCACCUAAUGAGGAUGACAACACUGAUGAGCAGCGGGGUCCAAAGAGCAGCCAGGAACGUCUGCUGAGGAAGGGAGGUGACGACAGUCCAUACGGCGGUGCCCUGCUGAACGAAGGUGCCGACCACUCCCUCGACGAGGAUGAUCCAGAUCCCCUGGGAAGGUUUGAGGUUGAUAACAGAACCGGGGAGCGCUCUGAAAGCUUUGUCCACGUUGGGCCGCGUAAUGUACUCAAGGAUCCGGUCAGGAAUGAGGCGGAUAUUAGCGAUAGAAUCGACAUAGAAGGCCUUGACAACGAGCGCGGAGAAGACGACCUCACAUCUAGCCGGCCACCAACAGUCAAAACGGAGCGCGUGAAAUAUGAUCCCAAUCUUUCAUCUGAAACGCGGUCCACAAACGUUGUGCCUAUGGUCAAAACUGAAAAGCGUUAUGUGAAAUAUGAAAAAGAGGGCAUGGAAGAUGACAAUGAUCUGGGCAUGCUGGUUAGUGCUCAGUCGCACAGCUCAGGGAGUAAACUUAUUGAGACGACAACGUACACAAAAGAAAAGGACGGCAUUUUAGAAAAACGAACAGAAACCAAGGUCGUUGACAAUGACCUUGAUGAAGACCGGGCAUUGGCUGAGGCUAUCCGGAUAGCUGCUGGCCUAAACGAGGACUUGACAGUCGCCGAUGAGACGAUAGAAAGUAUUGAGAUAACUACACAACAACAAGAAGAAAGUACUGCAUAGAACUCCAAGACCAGAAUGCAUUGAGUAUUACUGAGACUGUUAAAAGGUGUCACCGGUAGCAGGGAUGAGACACAGCUAAGAAAUUGGGAUUUGUAUUUUAUUUGUAGAUGUACACUUUUUACAUAAGUAAUAUAAUGGCUUUUGUGAUAAAAGUCUGAACGCUUUUAAAACAAAAGAAAAAUUAGACAUUUUUUACUUUCACAUAAGAGGCUUGCUGAUCCAUGCAUUUACUUAUUUUAUGUGCAAAUACUGUUUAAGGAGUUCGACAAAUGGAAAAACGGAUAAAACUAUGGAAGAACGGUGUGAAUCCGAUUCUUAGCCGAAGGUGGAGAGAAUAAUGCAGUAUGAGUAUGUGCUUAACCUUCACCGAUGUGUACUCUUAACUUAGUGCCAGAUACCGACCUUGUGCGGUCAGCUUUGUACGGUCAGAUUUCAAUUGUCACUAAUUGUAUGCAUUCAUUCAUGUAUAUGUGAUAGGUUGCCAUAGUGACGACGCCAUGUCAGAUUGCAAUGUAGGACUCGUAGGCUUUUGUAGGGAUAUAUAGUCAUAGGCCUUCUGAAUGUAGAUUUUGUAUCCCACUAUUGUGGCCUGUAGGACUCACACGCAGAAAUUUUUAUCACAUACAACGUGGAUGUUUUCAAUCAUCAUUGUCAUCAAUUGUCAUAAAAUCCAAGCUCUUCUUAUCCAAAUAGUGUCAUGGAUACGAUGAAUACUGGUUCCAGCUUCCAGAACAUUGGUGUUCGUCGUCAUAUUCACUCACAGAACAAACUUCGAUGAAAAUCUCAUUUGGUAAAAAAAUUAAGAAUUGUGCGUUUUUCAUCCUGGUCAGUGGGGCUUCUUGUUCUCAGAAUUGGCUCCAUUAAGCCAUUUUUGUCAAGAUACACUUUGGCAGACGAGAGCUAAAACAGAUAUCUCACAAUUCUAGAUAUAUGAAACCAAGUUUUGCCAAACACACUUUGUGAAUUUUAUGUGAUAGAAAUUUUUGCUCAGAAUUGUAGAUAUUCUUAUCACCCUGGUGUCACAUCAAGUAGGCUAUGAAUGUCAAUUGGAUUGUAUAAAUAAUGUCUGUUUUAAUCCUAUAUAUAAAUAUAUUAUAUAUACACCCUCACCUAUAUGUACAAACUGCAACUUCGUAACAAAAGCAAGUCAUCACGUGACCACGAAGUUUGAUUAGUGUAUUUUGUAACAAGAAAAUUGUGUCUCACUUGGAAUAAUUCCAAUCAAUUUGUACAAAGUUCAUCUGAUUUUUAGCUACCCCCAAUUGAUCCAUAUGUCCACAAGUAUUUUUUGUACAGUUUUCGUCUUAGUAGUUAGUAGAUUCAUGUUUGUUGCGCUGCGCACCUUCAUUUUUAAUAAGGCAUUUCUGCUGCUGUUUUGCUUUGGGAAAUUCAUAUUCGUUUAAAUGUUCAAGAAAAUAAAGUGAUCUAUUUUGGCAUUUGUAUGAUUUUUAUUGGGCGAACUCUAAAGCGGUGGCGUAUUAUAAGUUCGGGUUCUGUGGUAUGUAAGAUUGGGGCUGUUCCUCUUUUGAAAAUGUUUUGUUUACAAAAAGCAUCAACUUGGGUAACCAUCCAAUUAAGGAGAUUUUGUAAUAAAAUGAAAUUACUGACAGAGUUGGUGAUCUGGAUUGAUGCUUUUUGUGACAAAAUAAUUCUAUGAAAACAUUUAAAAUAAAUUCAAGAAAGAUUCUGCGGAUUAGUCCUGUUGUGUGGCAGAUCAACCGAAAAUCGUUUCAAAACCAUUUUACCAAAACCUAUUGUAGGGAAAUUGUCAAUGGAAACUUGUUCUUCUACAGUUUCUGAUCAGUUUCAGCUACAUGUACCAGCUGGCGAUUCAGACAUUUGUCAGAAUCUUUUAAAAAUCAUGUGUCAGAUCUUCUCUUUCCUUGAUUUUGACACUGAAAAUUAUGAAACGGUCCCGGGGAGAGGAGUUGACUCACUGUACCGACUACUGUUGAUUGUGUAACUAUCACAUCAUGAGAGAUGUUGUUAUUUGUACAUUGUUGAUAGAUGUGUCAUCUAAAUCUGUGAGAUUAAACAUGUUCAACAUUUAGUGACUGAGACAGCGUUAGCCUGAACCUAAUAGAGAAAAAAAAUUGCGAAAUAUAUGACUUUUUCGUUCCAUCAAAUCAUGCAGUUUGGUGUAAUUGACCGACAAGAUGGACGUUUGAUGGCUAGUCUUCUCUCAGUUCACGAAGUUUUGAUCAUGGUUGAAGCAGCCAUUAUCAUCAUGAAUUGCGUUGCAGUGUUUUAUGGUCAUUUUUCAUCUUUUUAAGUAGAUUUCGUUCGACUCUCAAAAACUCAAUACUUGCCGAUUGGCUGGUGUUGGCUUCGUAAGCAUCUACUUGUCUUUCUUUACAAUGUUUACCAAUUAAGGGCACUUUAUGCCUCAUCUGUUGGCUCGCCUUGCGAAUAGAAUGCUUGCCAAGCCUUCAUCCUCGAUCGAUUGAGUUUUUCUGGGAAGUUCCUUAGCUGUGACCGUGUAUGUUUUUGUCAGAACUGACAAGUAUUGAACAGCAUCCCUCCAUUGUUACAUUUCAUCUGUGGCUGCCAUAACGUCAUGUCAUGAAAUCUUUUAAAAUACUGUGACGAAUUCUUUUUGCAGUAGCACUAGGAUGAUCAUGUUUAAAUUUUGAUUCUAAAGUUUUUGAGCAAAAAUUGUUGACAUAAAACAUUGUUGUCGCCCUUGUGAGGAAUUGACGCCCAUUUUCUUUUUUAAAAAUUCGUAGGAUUGCUUAACUGUAGUCAAUAUUCAUGUUACAUAUGCCUAAAGUGAACAUUGCUAUGUUAUUCAUUAUCUCUUUAUAGUCCUGCAGAUCAAGUACUGUAGACCCCCUUCAUUUUUUGGGAAUUAACAAAAUCUUUAAAAUAGUGUUUUUUUUCUAUGGUAACAAAAAAUAAAAGCUUUGCAGUAUAAGCAGAUGUACUAUUGUGGCUUAAGCUAAUAGGUAGACUGUUGUAUCUGAGCGAUUUAUCGUUAAAAUUGCCUGAGAAAUAGCUGUGUUGUCAGCUUCUAAGUGGGAGUUGUUACAAAAAUGAGUCUUGAGAAAUUUUGGAUGGCCACUUUUUUGAAAAUAAACCUCUCAUCAAAUUUGAAAUGAUAUAAUUGUUUGCUCAUUUUGUCCAUAGUUCUGCCUGACCAAUAUUUUGAGAUUUGGUAAUUUUUCAGGAUUAGUGAAUAAAAUAUAUAUUUUGAAAUCUCCCAGGAGGGUUAAAAAUGAAUUCACCAUAGUGUGAUCGAUCAUGUUGCAUCUUUAUUUUCCUUUAUUAUGUUGUGCGAAAGUGAGAUCAUUUUCAUUCAUAUUUGGAAUAAGCAUUACCAUUCCUUCUGUAUCAUUUUCAAUUCGUAAUUUGAUAAACUUUCAUAAUUUCAUUAUACACAUAAAAAGUAAUGCAAGUUUUAUGUCGGAAGAAUAAACCUUCCUGGUAUUUCUGUUGAAGUCAUCCACUUAAAUCAAAACUAUAAACCAUCGUCUCGGCCCGAUAUAUGCAACCUGAUGAGCGUUUUUAAAAUGGUAAAGGCCAACAUAAUAUACUUUGUUACCGUGCACAGCAACGCCAGAAUUGUGCUGUCACUCAGGAGAUAGGUUGACAACAUUUUAAACUAAUAUUUUCUGUUAAUAACAAUUUGUAUAAAAAGAUAGAAAUUUGACUCUACACUUGUAGGAAUUAUUUAUGAUUAUUUUAGUAAUUUUUUGUUAUCAGGCUAUCCUAGAAUCAUUGGCGGUCAUCACUGUAACUGACAUGCCAACGUCUUAGUAGGAAAUGUUGAGAAUAUAAUUGAUGUCGACUGCUUUUACUAGAUAUAUGCCUUCUGAAGGCCUGCCAUACCACUCUGUACUUGUAUAAUGUAACUAAAGCAUGGGUGAUUUUAUUCUAUGUACUUCAUUGGCUUCAACAAUAAUAAAGAAGUUACUUGUA